AUGAACCAUAUAGUUAAAGAAGUUAACCUUAACGGGAUUGAUUAUACAUUCAUAAUAUCAUACAACCAUGAAAUAAAUCCCAAAGCACCUAUCACGAUAUACAUCAAUCAAACAAACAACCAAGCCAUGGGAAGUUAUGUCUACACCAUAAAUUCAUACUCGACCAAUCUCGUUCCUGGUUCAAAUACCGAACAAAUAAUAUCCUUGAAUAAUUUAUUGACUAAAAAAUUUCAAGUGCCUAUAUAUUUGAAUAUCAAUGGCAACAUUGAUUGUUCCAACGUGGAAUUGUUCACUACUAUUGUUGACACUAUCGAGAGCAAAUAA